AUGUCGCCUAACGACUUCUGCGAUUCGCCCUACGUCUGUCUCAUCGCCGUUUCGUGCUUACCUUUAGCACCUUCACGUUCUGGACCAUUGGGCAGUAUAGUACUACUUCCCGAAGUGUACAAGAACUUCUACCGCCUAUCACUCUUUGAUGGAACUACCAGGUUGUAUAUCAAUUAUCAAGGCCCCUAUUCUCAACGUGUGUGGAUUACCAGGAAUUUUAAGGGUUUGCAAGACAGGAUCAAGUUAGUUCCAAUUGAUCUUCAGAACAGGCCUGAUUGGUACAAGGAAAAAGUUUACCCCACAUAUAAGGUGUCAUCCCUGGAGGACAAUAACAAAGCGACGGGAGAGAGUUUGGAUUUGGUUAAAUAUGUUGAUAGUAACGUUGAAGGACCAUCACUCUUGCCGGAUGACCCCGAAAAGCAAAAAUUUGCUGAAGAAUUAAUAGCUUAUAGUGAUAUUAUAUUUGUCCCAAUAGUAUACAGAUCGUUCGCAAAUGAUGCACAGACACUGGCUGCGGGUGCACAAUUUGAUUACCUAGAAAAAGCUCUCCACAAAUUUGACGAUGGGCCUUUCUUCCUCUGUCAAUUCAUUGACAUAACAUAUGCUACAUUUAUUGAAAGGUUCCAUAUUUUUAUGCCAGAGGGAUUUAACUAUGAUAUCACAACCGGGAGGCCUAAACUAGCCAAAUGGAUUUUGGAAAUGAAUAAGCUUGACGGAUACAAGCAAACAAAAGUCUUGGAAUAG